GGUAGCUUUUCGUUACCUCACCCUGACCUCGCCGGGGCUCUUCACACACACACGCACGUACGCUCGCUCUCUGGACUCCCAGCGUGACGUAUACCCUGGCGCCCGGUUAGCUAGCUUCUAAGCUAGUUAGCUAGUUGUUGUAACUAGUUAGUUAACAGCGUACACAGCAGUCGGUUAACAUUAGCUGUGGGCUUUUGUCAUGGACGACGACAGCUACCCCAAAACCCUGUAUGUGGGAAACCUCUCCAAGGAUGUGACAGAAAUUUUGAUUCUGCAACUCUUCACCCAGAUUGGGCCUUGCAAAAGUUGUAAAAUGAUCACAGAGCAUACGAGCAAUGACCCCUAUUGCUUUGUGGAGUUCUUUGAACACAGAGAUGCAGCUGCAGCCCUUGCAGCCAUGAACGGGAGGAAGAUAUUAGGAAAGGAGGUCAAAGUAAACUGGGCCACCACUCCAAGUAGCCAGAAGAAAGACACAUCCAAUCACUUCCAUGUUUUUGUGGGAGAUUUGAGCCCUGAGAUCACCACCGAGGAUGUCAAGGCUGCAUUUGCACCUUUUGGGAAAAUCUCGGAUGCCCGUGUUGUGAAGGACAUGACGACAGGCAAAUCAAAGGGGUAUGGAUUUGUGUCCUUCUACAACAAACUGGAUGCAGAGAAUGCCAUCAUUAACAUGGGGGGACAGUGGCUUGGAGGACGCCAAAUCAGGACCAACUGGGCAACGCGUAAACCACCAGCUCCAAAGAGCAUCCAGGACAAUGGCUCAAAGCAGCUGAGGUUCGAUGACGUAGUGAGUCAGUCCAGCCCACAGAACUGCACCGUGUACUGUGGAGGGAUCCAGUUAGGACUAUCAGAACACCUAAUGCGACAGACCUUCUCACUGUUUGGUCAAAUAAUGGAAAUCCGAGUUUUCCCAGAGAAAGGAUACUCUUUCAUCAGGUUUUCCUCCCAUGACAGUGCUGCCCAUGCCAUUGUUUCAGUAAAUGGCACAGCCAUUGAAGGACACAUCGUGAAGUGCUUCUGGGGCAAAGAAUCUCCUGACAUGGCAAAAAGUCCACAGCCGGUUGAGUACGGUCAGUGGGGGCAGUGGAACCAAGUCUAUGGGAAUCCACAGCAGCAGCAACCACAGCAGCAGCAGCAGCCACAACAACAGCAGCAGCAGCAACAACAACAACAACAACAACAGCAACAGCAGCAGCAGCAACAACAGCAGCAGCAGCAGCAGUAUGGGCAGUAUGUGACCAAUGGGUGGCAAGUUCCCUCCUACAGCAUGUACGGCCAGACGUGGAACCAGCAAGGAUUUGGAGUAGAGCAGUCCCAGUCCCCAGCCUGGGUGGAAGGCUUUGGAUCUCAGUCAGCCCAGGCUACAGCCCCACAAGGUCAAGUCAUGUCCAACCUGGCCAACUUCAGCAUGGCUGGCUACCAAACGCAGUGAGCUGACCCUAAACUAAGUGUAGUACCAAGAGGAUUUUGUCAACCCUUUUUAGACCACACAGCACUCUUUCAUCCCGACAGCUGCUGUGGUAGAAGAGAAGGGCAGGGGCCAUAUUCACAAAGCCUUUGUAGCUAAUAGUUGCUCCUAAACAACCAGUUUAAUAAUUAUGUUUCAGAUGAUCGAAUCCCUUUCAUUCACAACUUUAAAAAUGUUUAUUUGAUGAUAAUUCAUAGUUCUGUCAUGGAAAACUUUGCUGGGGCUUCUGAAGUGAAGCCAAACAACUUCGUUUGUCUAAGUAGAUGUUAAAGGACACGCCAAGCUUUUGAGUGUUUGGCCCCAUGAAAACUUUACGCAGUGUGACUGGAUUUGCAGCACAAGCAGCAUGCUUACUGCACAGCCAUCUUAAUCCAGAUAGAGACCUCUCGACACACACUGAAUAAGUUGACCAAUGGACCAAACCAUCAAAAGCUCAGUGUAGUCCUUCAAAACUAAUUGCUACAAUCCCCUAUUCAAAAUGUAAGAAGAAAUAUACAAAAAGAAACAUAACAGCUACGUUAUUUUAGUGGAGUUAAAAGCACAACCAUCAUGUUACUCCAGCAGCUCACUGGAACAUGACGAGGAUUAAAAUCUUUGGAAACCUCAAACUUUAUAACAUUAACAUUGAACUAUCAAACUAUAGCAAUAUUAGCUCUCCGUCUGCCAAUAUGUUUUUAAAAUUUCAGUAUUUGUUACAGACUUGUCAACAUGUUUAUUUACUCGUCAUGUUUGGGGCAUUUAUCUGUUAUUCUAUACAACAGAAUACUAAACUCCACUCCAUGCAUUGAUUAAGUUAAUUUUGUGUGAUAUAGGUCAGUUUGUAAAAUGGCAUACAGUGAUGUGUUGUACAAAUCGAGCGGGUAUGAUCAGUCACCAUGAAUCAAUGCUACAAACUGCAAUGAGCCACAACAACCUGCUAACAGGUUGGCCCGGGUUUAGCUUCAGCUCAUCCAUAGAAAUUCAGUCGUUGUUUGAUAUAUUCAUGAAAAAUGCUUUGUGAAUAGAGGCCCUGGAACGGUAGUUUAGUUUUCCAGUAUAUGUAAAGAAACUAUUUGUAAUAACAACUGUGGCUGUAAAGGACACAUAAGCGGGACAUUUGGGUAAAUGUUGUGUACAAAGACAAAUGUCACCUACACGAUUCUAAAAGCAAAAAAAACAACAUUGGGUUUUUCAUGUUUUGUAUCGGAGUGAUCAGCAUGUUCUUUGCAUACUUUUGAUGGAUUUUAGUUCACACAUUAAUGUAGCCUAGAUUGGACUCAAUUGUAUUCCUGUGUCUCAAAGUAAAGGCUAUAGCAUGUGCUCACUAUAUAAAGAAAAUAAUGUAAAAACAGCUUAACCCCCAAUCUUUGUAAAGGUAACGGACUCUGUGCUGAUUCUGGGGGCUGGUUUCCUAGAAAGAUAUUGGGUCUUGAAUAUGUUUCUUCCUAUUGAUAACUUCAGUUAAUUUAUAGUAAUUUCAUUCUAAUGGCUGUGAGAGUUUUUGCGAACAACCUUAGACUUAAUUUAGCACUAAAACCAGCCCCUAAUGAUAUUGCAUCAUGGUUUACAUCAUUUAACAUAUUGUUCUUUAGUCACUGUCAAGACAUAUUGUCAGAUGUUUUAAAUUUGCUAUAAAUUGGGAUUGUUUUAUUUGAUGAAAGUGGAAGGUUUUCCUAAAUAUGUCAUUGAAAACAGGGAAGCGUUUAACUUUCUGACUUUUUUUCAACAUUUCCAUAUAUGCCAGGUAAAGCAUUUUUAAAGAUCGCUGGCAAAUUUCGACAAGAGGAUUUCUCAAAGACGUCCUGCCAUUUGGGUUUUAUUUGCGUACGUGCCAUUCUGUACAGCAUAUCACACUCCUCGUAAGAUUACUCUCCUUUUCCUGUUGUACUAGCCGACAAACUUGAUAAUGUUUUUGUUCGUUUGUUUAUUAUACCCGGGGGGAUGUUUGUGUAACAAAACAAGGUCAUGUUGGCUGAGAGUGUAAAUAUAAACCUUGAUCAUGAAAUUUACGGAAUAAUGUACAUACUGUAGGUAGAAAUGCCAUCAAUUAAACUCCUGCAAUAUGAUUUAUGAAUAAGCCUUAAUUGGUGUGUCAGUAAAUUCAAACUUUUUGUUUUUUGCAGAGGGUCCAUUACAAACCAAAAUUAUUUUUCAUUGUAGAUUUCCCCAUUUUUGAGUUUGUGCCAUUUUGUAGCAGGAAGCAGAUGUUUCAGCUUGAACUGCACGCUUAUGACAUGUAAAACAUUUGUUGCUUAAAAUAUUGAAUGUAAUGGCAAUUUGCUUUUAUGACAAUAAUACAUAUAAGUUGAACAGUAGAAGUGAUGUUUAAUAAUAAAGGAUGAAAUCAAUUUUCCAUUUAAACGGGAAAACUCAAUAAGUGACUUCAAAUAAAGAAACAUUUGAACCUG